AUGGCUAGCACUGGUCUUGCUGAAGCUUACUUGAUGAGAAGAGUGCUCAAGGAGAAGACGAUGAAGGGCUUGGAAGGCUCAAAAGGCAAGCCCCAAGUGAAUGUUCAUCAAAAGAAAGCAUCAAAUGGCUGCUUCCAUGGGGUUUUCAAGAAGAUUCACCCAACUGAUGUGUCAUUGUUGGAUUCAGCUGAUAGGAAAAAAAGCUGUCAGGAACAUAAAUGUCUGAAUUUGAUUCUCGUUGGUCGAAACCCUGAGAAACUCAAGGAGGUUUCGGAGUCGAUCGGAGCCAAAUUCGGGAAAACCCAGAUCAAGACUGUGGUUGUUGAUUUCUCUGGAGAUUUGAACGAAGGGGUUAAUCGGAUUCGUGAAACCAUUGAAGGUCUGGAUGUUGGAGUUCUGAUCAAUAAUGUUGGAGUUUCGUAUCCUUAUGCGAGGUUUUUCCAUGAGGUGGACGAGCAAUUGUUGGCUGAUUUGAUUAAAAUCAAUGUUGAAGGGACUACCAACGUUACAAAAGCGGUUUUGCCUGGGAUGAUUAAGAGGAAGAGAGGUGCGAUUGUUAAUAUUGGUUCUGGUGCCGCCAUUGUUAUCCCUUCUGAUCCACUCUAUGAUAUAUACCUCGCUUCUUUGUGCCUUUGA